CCUUAUGCGCGUACUAAACUUUAGGUACUUACGUAACAUAGCCAUCUGACCUUUAGGUACUUUUACCCUUUAUUACCUUCAAUAACAAGGUUACAACCAUUCAACCUCUAUUUUAUUAUCUACUUUCACGAAUCGCCCAUAUUCAGCGCAUAACCGCCCCUCCUUCGUACUAUUCAGUCUACUGGGCGCAUGACGCCGACGUCGAUAUGUACGACGAUUACGAUUACGAUCAUCGGCCUCGCGACGAGCGAGACUACCACAGACGUAGAUCGCCCGCUCCUAGGGACCACCACUAUCGUUCGCGGCAUGGUAAAAUGAUAUAGCCUGGAGGAUCGCUUGUAGAGAUGAAUAAUGAGCUUGCGCUGACUUCCCUGCGAGGAAAAGAAUCCUCUAGAUCGCCUAGAAGGACGCCUCCAAAGGGACCAAGAGGGGAGGAAUCCUACCGUACCCGGCGCUCUCCUGUCGGACGGAGACACAAUUCGCCUCAUCGACGAGACAACUCUCCUGAAUACCGCAAUACUUACUUGGACCGCGCCGUAAAAUCUGGCGACGAGCCCUACGACCGCGAACCCGAAUAUUCACCUCCGUACGACCGCGGCCGGGGUCGACAUUACACAGAUCACGACGAUCCUCGAGGACGCUAUAAUCGAAGUCCCCGGCGCGCUAACUCAGGUGGCUCCUCACCUUUUGAUUCUGGUGAUGAUAGUUAUUACCACGACAGCCGCCGGCCUAGAUCUGGACGGCCCUACCAUACCUUGAAGUUGAAUGAUAUCCCUGAUAGGAUGAGCACACAAGAGAUUGAUUCUGCCAUGCGGGAUAGGGGAGCUGCCGGCCUUGUUGAGAUCCGUAUAAAGUCAGAUGAUAGAAACGGCAAUCGUCGAUUAUACGCAUUCGCCGAGUUUAGGUCCGAAGACGACGCCAUCGACUUCUACGAGAGAAACUACCCUGUUCUUGACAUCGCCAAUCCUCAUGGUCCCUCCAUUCGUAUACCCAUAGAGUAUAGUCGAGAACGGCGACAUAUCGCAAAUCCGGAUGAUUGGAAAUGCACAAUGUGUCAUUUCGAGAACUUUUCCCGCCGAGCAACUUGCAAACAGUGCAAAGCACCUAGAACAUCAGAGAAUACCGCCGACAUGAAGCUCGAUGGUAAAAGCGACGAAUGUCCACAACAGACACCAUCCCAGUUCAUUGUCAUUCGCGAAUUGGCAUCUUCUGUGUCCGAGACUACUUUGGCCAAUGACAUCAAGAAGCUCUACGUGACUAAGGAAGAAGAGCCUAAACAAUCAUCCAGCGCUCCUAACAAACUCAAAAGUACAGCUCCAAUUGGAAAUACUAGCGGCCUAGGUGCCAGGCCCGGCUCGCUGGUGCGCGUAUUUAUGAUACGGGACAAAUACUCGGAUAUUAGUUGUAAUUAUGGGUUUGCCGAAUUCUCAACCUUGGACGAUGCUCGAGCCGCCAUGGCCAAGUACAAUGCUUCGCCUCAGUUUACGAUUGCUUCAAAGCCUGCUUCUAUCGCAUUCAUCCAUUCCGGUGUUUUUAUACCUGUUCUACACCCGAUACAAGGAGAGGAUCGCAGGUUCACUUUCGCGGCAACCCAUAACCAGUCUCUAAGAUUGGUAUAUUGGAACCCGUCAGUGUAUGCUAACGAGCUUACGAUCUUUAAUGAAGCUCUAUAUGAGGACAAGCCGUCUAGCAUAGAGCAACUCAAGGAUGACGCUGAUCGAGCGCCAGGCAGGGACUCCAAGAAGAGGAAAGCAGAGAAGGACCUUGCCGCGCCCAAUGGCAAAAAGGUUAUCGCGAUGGCUCCUCAACUACAGAUGUGGGCAAACAAGCAUGCCGAGCUUCACGGACCGAAGGAGUCGAGCAAUAGUGCGGAACCUGUCGAAGUUAAGGCUCCCGUGACCGGUUCUAAUGCUAUUGGCCCUACAAUCCUGAGCACCCCGGCCCCAACAUCAACCGCAUUCGUAUCGUAUGCUGAUCUUGAUCAAAUGUGUUGUCUGCUCUGUAGACGGAAGUUCAAGAACGAGCCCUCGCUCCGCCGACAUGAGCAGAUAAGUGACAUGCAUAAAGCUAAUCUCGACAAUGAUGCGGCAAUUACUAGGGCUACUAUAGAUUUGAAGGCGCUCGGUAAAGAGCCGGUCUCUAGCUACCGAGAUCGAGCAAAGGAGCGGCGAAUGGCGCACAAUCAGCCCAGCAAACCGAAGCCUCACCUUCCCAGAAAGCAGCCCCUGGCGACCAAAGACGUAGGACCAGCUGCGGAAGCACCGCCUGCGAAACCUGCGGUAUCUAAAGGUGCAGGAUUGCUGGCAAAAAUGGGAUGGAGCACCGGCGAAGGUCUCGGAGCUGAAGGGGGUGGGCGAACCGCUAUUAUCGAAACUAUGGCCUACACCCCUGGGGUGGGUCUUGGAGCUGAGGGUGGCAAGCUCGGAGAUGCCGCCGAAGAGGCUGCUCGAGCUACGAAAAAUGAUUACUCGGACUUUGUCUCAAAGGCCAAGGACAAAGCAAGAGAGCGCUACGAGAAGAUGAAUUAGCGUAUUCUGUUUCUGUGCUAUUGGGUCUUCCCUCCAGUGCAUUAUUUAUGUAUUACUACCUAAGUAUUAAGGUUGAUCUUGAGCAGUUUUUAGGUCGAGCCUAUCGGCUCAUUUUAAGGACGUUAAUGGCUGUAACAAUAGACGCCGUUGCCCCGAUUGUUCGCUACGUAUUGCUUGAAGUUAACAUCAAAACACUUGCGUUCAAUAUUGCCUAUCACUUACGGAAUGAAAAGUUCUAUAUAUGCCUAGGUAC